CGCCCUCUAGACAUACGGGAUUUAAUACCAGCUAUAUAAGCGGAGCAGUGGCAGUCAACUUCGGCUUUCUUACAGCCCACAAGUCAGAGAAAUAUAUGACUCGUUUUUCUCGGACAUAAACAAACCAUUUCAAUAAUGGCUACACCUAAUCAGGUGCCGAGACUAUACAAGUCAGUUGUUGAUGAUGUGAUAGCUAAUGUCAGAGAAGCCUUUCUUGAUGAAGGAGUUGAUGAGCAAGUCUUGCAAGAAUUAAAACAGUCUUGGGAAAGUAAACUUCAGCAGUCAAAAGCAUUAGAUCCAGUAAUAGAAUCAACAGAAACAGGAAUACAACUACCCACCACAAUACAGUAUACAUCACAGGUGAUGCAUCAACAAGCCCCACCAAGAACACAAGCCCAAAUACCUGUUCCUGUACAUAUAGCCACACAUCAAGGAGGUGAAAUAAGCCAACCAGCAGCAGUAGCAGCGAUGGCAUUACCACAGGGUGUGUUCCAGCAACAAUUACAGGCCUUAGCAGCCCAAGGGUAUACAUUAUUACCCACCAGUAAUGGCCAGUUUAUUAUACAAGCAGCAAUGCCUCAACAACAGCAAGCAGCUACAGCCCAGAUUGUAACAACUAUACCACAGCAAGCUACUUUAGUCCAGAAUAGACAAGUCCCAACUGUUGUGCAAAAUAGUCAGAAUACCCAAGGGGUUUUACAGUUUGAUGGUGCUGAUGAUUCCAGUUCAGAAGAAGAUGAUGAUGACGACAAUGAUGAUGACGAUGAUGAUGAAAAUGAUGAGAACAAAGAUGGUGAAGAUGAAUUCCAGGGAGAAGAAGAGGAGCCUUUAAACUCAGAAGAUGAUGUUAGUGAUGAAGACCCUACAGAUUUGUUUGACACAGAUAAUGUUGUUGUUUGUCAGUAUGAUAAGAUAAACAGAAAUAAAAAUAAAUGGAAAUUCUAUUUAAAAGAUGGUAUCAUGAAUCUCAAUGGCAGAGACUUUGUUUUCCAGAAAGCUAAUGGUGAUGCUGAGUGGUAAAUGUGUUGUUUAUUUUAAACCUUCCAAGGGUAUGAUGGUGCAAUGUUUCUUCAGUUGUGGAUGAAUAUUUUAAGCUAGUUUUAAUAGUUGUAUGAUGAACUCCACCUAUUGUUGAUGAAUGUUUGACAGAGCUACUGUUAUAUUAUUUUCAUUUGAUGUUAUGAUGUGUUUCUAUUUUGUUUUGCCAAAAUCCCUUAUAUAUACACCAAAUAUUGGACAUGGUCAAAACUUAUUUGUUUAUUGUAUAUGAAAAUAGGUUACCAGAUGCAGUUAUGUUAGAAGCAUUCAAUUGAUGAAAAUUGGUUAAAAGGAUUUGCAUUUUUUAUUAAUUUUUGUAAGACGACCAGACCAUUCCAUGUAUAUUUUGCUUGUGAUACAACAGCUUCUGUGAAGAGUAAAGAAAUUGGCUUUCCAUUACAUUUUUUUAAAUAAACAUUUUCUGAAUUUUAUAAACCCUCUUCUGUAAUCAGAUAGAAAUCAGUUUCUUUUUUACUUUUUGUAUAUUUAGAAGUAGCAUGUUGUAUUGAUUAGAAUAUUUCCUUACUUUGGGACCAGAAAGGCCAGUAAAUCAUUAUUUGCUUUAUCUGUAUAAUUUUUUUGUAAAGGAAAGGAUAAACUAAAUGUCAUUAUUUUUCAAAACAAUAAUUAUAAGAUUUAUUGAAAAAUUAGUUUUGAUAUGUAGCUUGAUUUGUGAUGCAUUAUUUAUUACAAAAAUAACAUGCAACAAACAUCAUAGUACAUGUAAUAUCACAUCCAUCAUGAAAUUAGGCAUCUGUAAUUGAAAUAUGAAAGUAGAUAUAUACUCUUAGAUCUAAAUUGAAUACUAUUUGUGUUCAUUUCAAUGCUAAAAAUGUUAUGCCAAUAAAAGGUAUUCUGUCAAGUGUUCAAAACAGUGUAGAUCCAGGUUCAAGGAUGUUUAUAAAGUGGCGUUGCACAGAACUUUGAAACAUUAAAUUUGUUAACAGAAGCAAAGGCAGUAAAUUUUUUUUAGUACUAUGCAAAUAUAUUCAGCUGAGGAACACAAGAGGACCCUGUCAAAAUUCAAAUAGGAAAGUCUGGAUCAUUAUCUAAAACAAAUCCCUGUCCUUGUGAAAAGGCUUAUUUAUAUUGACAGGUACUGUCACAAAUUUUGUUUCCCUACAAACUCUGAUAAUAAGUUUUCAAAUUUUAGAUAAUGUAUAUAAAAAAUUCCUCUAUUAAGUUUCAGUGUUAAGAUUUUCAAAUUGUUAUAUUUCUUCAUGAGCUUUGUGUAACAGAUGCAAAUUAAAAGCAUGUGAUUGAAUAUUAUUUUAGUGAACAAAGUGAUACCUAAUCAGAAUUUGAAAUAGAUUUCACUAAAAGUCUAAAGAUAUAAUGAAAGAACAUUUUAUUGUGAAGUGAAUUUGGCAGUUUUGAGUUAGUCUUUAAAUAGACUAUACAUUUUAUUGGCAUAUAAUUAUGAAAAAAAUAUUCUGCUUUACUUCACCUAAUUUUGUUCUAAAAAAAAUCAUUUAGUUCUAAAAUAUGCAACAAGCAGAAUUUAAUGUUCUUUACAGAGGAUUUUCUGCCCUUGUGUUAAAAUUUUACAGGUUCAGAGUCCUGAGUUUUUUUCGAAUAUUUAUAAAAGGUUUGAUUUUUUUGCCAAAGACUUAUAGUUUUAAGCUUGAAUAUGUGAAUGUUAAAUUCUAAGUUUAAAACUGUCAUAGGCAAACAAAAGGGAAAAUGUUUUUAGUUGGGUUUUUUUUGUGGUUUCGUGGUAGUAGUCAUUCUAGAAAUCCAUUGAAAUUGCUUAUCAGCAAAUACUGAUACAUUUGCAGUGUCAAAUUGGCCUGAAACGGAUGUAUGAGUUAAAUAGAUAACAAAAAAUUAUGAAUUAAUAUCAAGUUGACAAUUUUCAUAACAGAGAACCUUUUGAUACAAUUGUUAUAUUUCUUUUAUGUCUGAACAAUGUUGCGGAUGUGACCUUGAAAUAUUUAAAUAUGUUAUUGAAAAUAUAUUCAUUACCUAUAAAAGUAUAGGAAUAAUACACUGUCCUGUGGAAUGAUACUGAAUGUGUUAUAACAUGUUUUGGAAAAGGUUGUACAAGAAUUAGAAAUUGACUGUUUAUGAUGAUAUAUUGUAAAUGUCUUGUGAGAAAUAUUUAAAGAGUAACAAAAUCAUGUAACUUUUUGUACUGCACUUUAUUUUCCCUAUCUGUAAAUCAGGAAGUGUGCAAAAAAAGUAGACUAUUUUUUUGGUUUUCUUUUUGGUUAUUUUUUUAAGAUCUUGCAUUUAACUUUCUUUUUUGUUUUGUGUAAUUUAAGUCAUUGUACAUUCGUUUUUUGUGUAGUUAAUGAUAUACAAUCAAAGAUUUAGUACUGUUAAACAACUAUCAUAUCAAUUGAUAUUAAAUCAUGUACACUUUACUAUAUGUCCAAUUUAUAUAAUACUUGUUUUAGUAUGAGAUAUUUUAUCAACUUGAAAGGAGUGUAUAAUGUUAUUCCCUAGUCGAUCAGUUUAUUUGUAAUUUGGUCUUUUCAUUCAUAUAUAGCAUUAUUUCUGUAAUAGGUUUUCUGGCUGGCACUUUGUUAUUUUGCAGAAUAUUUAGACAUGUGCAUAUAAAACAGGAAUUUAGAUUUUUCUUCAAUUUUUCACAAAAUUGUUGAAUUGUUGAACCUAAAUCCAUGUUUGUAAACUUUGAAAUAUUUAGCACAUGGUUUGUCUGCCUAUCUCCGCUUACAAAUUUUAAGCUAGGAGGGCCUGUACUAGUUUACCACUGUCCAUCUCCCUGUAACAUAAAUCUGUUCCAUUUCUGAUCUACUUUCUGUAGUCUGCUUACUUAUUGCUGGUAAAAUCUAUUUCCUUUCCCUUAAAAGCAAACAAUAGCUGACACUAUAUCUUGUUUAAGACAAUAGUAUGAUUUUGUUCAUAUCGAGAAAUAGACCUGUUAUCUGCAUUCAGAUUUUAAACAGUAAAAAAAAUAAUUGAGGAGUUGAUCAAUUCAGUCAUAUGUUAGUUUAUGAUAGUUUGGCUAAAUAGAGUACAUGUCUGGAAAUGUUGAUUGUUUUUUUUCAAUUUUCUACCUACAACGUUUGAUAAUGCAGACUUCUAUAGGAAUUGGCAUCAAAUAUGUAUUAAGAAUACCAUUUCAAAUUAAACCUAAACUUCUCUAUAUUUCAAAUUAGUAACAGUACUUACCAUGUUUUAGUCCAUGGCUGAGUGGGGACAAGUUUUUUGUCUUGUUUUUUACAUUAUUCUCAGAUAACUUUGAUGUAUCCUAGCAUUGAAGAUGUGUGUAAAUAAUUCCAAAGGGUUUCCUCAAUUCUGAAAGGCUAAAAGAGACAUAAUCAAAAGCAAUAAAUGCAUAGUUUUGUAUUUACUUUUCCACUUUAUCUCCUGACUGCAUCUCCUACGGUUUUUAUACCCCACCCAACGAGUUGCGGAGGGUAUAAUGUUUUUGACCCGUCUGUCAGUCCGUCAGUCCUGUUUCUUGUCAUCGCAACUCCUCUCAAACCACACAACAGAAUUUCACGAAACCUUUUUAGAUAAUAAGGACAUACUAUGUAGUUGUGCAUAUCGACAGGAAAUUGCGAUUCAAUUUUUUUUCUAGGAGUUACGCCCCUUUGAACUUAUUUACUUUAAUGUACUACUGCAACUGUUUGUCAUCGCAACUCCUCUGAUACCACACAACAGAAUUUCAUGAAACCUUUUUAGAUAAUAAGGACAUACUAUGUAGAUGUGCAUAUCGACAGGAAAUUACGGUUUAAUUUUUUUCUAGGAGUUACGCCUCUUUGAACUUAUUUGCUUCAAUGUACUAUGCAACAGUUUGUCAUCGCAACUCCUCUGAUACCACGCAACAGAAUUUCAUGAAACCUUUUUAGAUAAUAAGGACAUACCAUGUAGAUGUGCAUAUCGACAGGAAAUUACGGUUCAAUUUUUUUUCUAGGAGUUACGCCCCUUUGAACUUAUUUACUUUAAUGUACUACUGCAACAGUUUGUCAUCGCAACUCCUCUGAAACCACACAACAGAAUUUCAUGAAACCUUUUUAGAUAAUAAGGACAUACUAUGUAGAUGUGCAUAUCCACAGGAAAUUACGGUUCAAUUUUUUUUCUAGGAGUUACACCCCUUUGAACUUAUUUGCUUUAAUGUACUACUGCAACAGUUUGUCAUCACAACUCCUCUGAAACCACACAACAGAAUUUCAUGAAACUUUGUAGAUAAUAAGGUCAUACUAUGUAGAUGUGCAUAUCGACAGGAAAUUAUGAUUCAAUAUUUUUUUCUAGGAGUUACGCCCCUUUGAACUUAUUUGCUUCAAUGUCUUCUGCAACAGUUUUUCAUCGCAACUCCUCUGAAACCACACAACAUAAUUUCAUGAAACUUUGUAGAUAAUAAGGACAUACUAUGUAGAUGUGCAUAUUGACAGGAAAUUAUGAUUCAAUUUUUUUUUCUUACACAUAUUUUAUUUCUCCAAUGACAAUGUGAGGACGUGGGGUAUGUGAGCGCGCUCACUAAGGUUCUUUAAUGUUGAUUUUGUACUGUAAUACCAAAUCAGGGUAUUGAUUACUAUGGUGUAGUGAACUUUGUAGUGAAUGCCUAAUGUCUUUAGGUCUUACAAUAUUUACUAAGAAUGUAGUUAAUUGUUAAAUUUUGAGUUGAUACCCAUUAUAAUUAAGAAUUGAGACACAGCAGGUUUUUUCAAUUAAGAAUUGAAACACAGCAGGAUUUUUCAUUUGUCAUGAUAAAUAAUCCUACUAAAAUAAAAUGUCAGUUUUACACUAAAUGUUUUGUUCGGAUGGUGUAUGAUAUCCCACCAUAUCGUAUGUAACUGUGAUUAAAAUGAUCUAAUUUAAGUUAGAUCUAUAAGUUGAGAGUUCACUUCUUCAGUUCUAAAUGAAAAUUUCUUGUCUCAGCCUGCCAAAAUUUUACUGUUUCAAACAUUUUCAUUUGCACUUUUCUUAUUUCUUCUGUGGAGAGGUUGAGAUGUAAAUGUAUAAAAUGAAUAUGAUAUAUAUUAAAUAUUCUCAUAAAUUCUUUCUGCUUUGAAAAAGAGGUUGAUAACAUUAAAAGGGCUUUUCCCAAUUUUUCAAAAUAGUUGAAAAUUUGCUUUCACUAAUUUCAAAUUUUAUAUGAAACAUUUGAUUAAAUUAUAAGUCUGUAGCUUUUAGUAUUGUGACUGUUUGAUAAACAAAAAUGUAUAUAUAGUUUUGGUAACUCGUAUUCAUGAUAACAUGCCUUUUCUCAGAUUUUUUAUAAAAAAGAAACAUUAAAAAAAUAUUAAAAUUUUUAUCUUCAGUAUUUUAAAGGUAAAUGGUAUUUUUGUCUUUUUUAACAUUGACUCAUUUGCUACUAUUUAGAAUAAUUAGCUGGAAUUAUUUUGAAUAUUUCCUUAAAAAUGACUAAGUUUUAAAUUGUUGGCAUUAUGUGUGAAAUGAUAAUGAUUUUCCUCAAGUAAUUCGAAUUUAUUUAUUGAUAUAUUUUUUCAAAGAAAAUUGCACAUUGUUGUAAUUUUUCAAGAAAAUAAAUAAAAAUACUGAU